AUGUUCAUCUUGUGCUCUGUUUACAUCCUCAGCCUGGACGUAAUCUACAAGAGAAUGAUAUUCAAAAUCCGCCCGCAACAUUGGGCGUGCCAGCUCCUGGUCACUCUCACUCUCUUUGCGUACUGUGAAGCGCAUUACCCACCAUACGGCCCGGCAGGUCUUUCUGGGCAGCAGCAUCGCAGUACAGAACUGCCCAGAAUUCCGCAGAACGACGGUGGUGGCUUCAGGAGUGGUGAUCACAAGGGCGAUGGCGAAGGCUACGGUGAGGAGAACGAAACUCCUCCACGUUGGCAUUUCAAGGUACCAACUGUCCCAAUGAUGGGCGGCGAUCCCUGCCAACACGUAGAAGACGAGGACGACGAGGAGGACAAUGAAACCGCCAGCAGCCCAACAGCUCAACCGUCAACAGGCCGGGGCAACAUAGGGAGGGCACGCGACUUACCUACGGGGCCCGAGUUCCACGACGAACAGGCACGCCUCAGGGAUGCCUUGACGAGAGUCAAUCCUCUCCGAGAACUUUUCCUGCGAUUGGGAACACCCAUUAUUAUGCCGGCGUUCGUAAUUCCGAAGCAGAAGCUUUUGGAGGCAAGGAUUGGCGUCAAGCUGCCCGAGGGAGUUACAGGCCUCGAUUCCCACGAGGAACAGGCACACCUCAAGGAAGCAUUCAGAGGAGAAACGCCCCGCAAGAACAACUUCAUCCGGUUCAAAACAUCGACUACUCAAGCUGGGAGCGUGAACCUGAAUCACAUGCUUAUGGCAAAGACGGCUGUUGGCAAGCACCCCGAGGCAGGCCCAGGACUCGAUUUCCACAAAGAACAGGCACGCCCCAGGGAAAUCUUCACAGGCGGGAAGACUCCCCACAACUCUCCUACCCACUUCAAAACGACAGCAGUCCGCGCGACAACGCGGCGCCUGCAUCAAACUUGUGGAGUGCUGACAUGUACCAAAGAGCUGUCGAGGGACCCCCCCGCAGGAGUUUGGGGAACCGAUGGUUCAGCCGAUAUGAGUGCGUGUCAAACAGAAGCAUGCAGCAGUGAUGAUUGGUGGCAGAGCUCCCCGCGGGCUAGCCCGACUCUUUUUCCAAGAGGAACCUGCACGCCUCAGGGAGGCCAUCUCAGGAAGGAAGAAACCUCUCCGCAGACUGCCGAAGCCCACCAAAGCCCGCCAUGUACGAGCGGCAUGCGUGGCUCUCCGCUUGAAUCCCCCAUCGAAGACGGAGUUCCACCUAGCUUCCGUAAGGUCUUCAACGAUCGGUAUUUUAGUGGAGAAAGUAUCCCGAAGAUAGACAUCAACCGCGCCCUUGACAUUCUGUGGAAUGAAGGAGAGAUUGAUGGCCGGCAACUUUUCCGUGGUUACGACAAACUGUCAGAGGCUUGUUGCCACAGCAGCAUCAUCAAUCGAUACAAGGUGGACCCCAAGAGGGCGAUAGAACUAAUGUAUUGGAAGCAGAUCGCAAUGCUGCCAACACAGGCUGGACCGCGGAAGCGGCCAGCCCCUUCAAUGAUCAGGAAAGCACUUUUACGAUUGCAUCGCCGGCGGAUCCUGUAUACACGUCGCCGAAAUAUGGAGCACCCCAACGCCCUCUGCACCUUCGGGAAGCACGAGAAACCCCAGUAG